AGGUGGGUGAGGAGGAGGAGGAGGCAGCAAAGGGGGUCAUGGCAGCUUUCCUGCUCCUCUUGGCACCGCUGCUCCUGCUGGGGACAGCUGCUGGCCAAGCAGACAUGGAGAUAGAAGAGUGCCUUUGGCUCUGGAACGUGACCGAAGGGAAUUUCUCUGUGGUGAUAACACCUGAGACCUACCAGGCCAACACAACCUACCUGGUGACGAUAAGGGACGACAGGAACCACAGCAGCAGCUCGGGGCCGUUCCUGCUGCAGGCCCUGUCCCCCCAGAACACCUCGGUGGGGGAGUGGACGGACACAGACACCGGCAACUGCAGCUCUGUGCUCACAGCCGUGUUAAACACCACCGAGAGCAGAGCCCACUGGACAUCCCCCAACAGCAACCUCUCCUCUGUGCACAUCAGGGUCUAUCUCAUCCUCCCUGAUAACAUCACCGAGCUCAAGACUGGGAUGCUGAGCAGAGGGGCAGAAACCACCCCGGUGCCCCUCAGCAGCACCUCAGCCCCCAGCAGCUCCUCAUCCCCCAACACCAGCUCAGCCCCCAACAUCACCUCAACACCCAACACCACCUCCAGCCCCAGCAGCACUCCCAGCUCGGUGAGCAGGGCUCAGGGCAGCUCCUGGCUCCUGGCUGCCCUGCUGCUGCUGCUCACGGCCAGCCUGCUCUCCUAGAGGGCACCCAGCCCCUUCUCCUGCUGAGGAACCUGGGGCUCAGCUGAUUUACUCAGGGAAUGGGGUGCCUUGGGCUGAUAAAUGCACUCCCACAGUAAAUUAUCAUGGUUUGUGUGGCCACCGAGCUGAUCCUCCCCUGCUGCCCUCGCCCACAGCCUCAGCAAAAGGAAAUAUUCCUCAUCAGAAGGAAAUACUCCUGAGCAGAAGGAAAUAUUCCCUAUUAGAAGGAAAUAUUCCCCAGCAAAAGGAAAUAUUCUCUAUCAGAAGGAAAUAUUCCUCAGCAAAAGGAAUUAUUCCCCAGCAGAAGGAAAUAUUCCUCAGGAAAAGGAAA